AUUGAGAUCGACACGACAGAGGCCGAUAUUCUCUAUAACAUCGACAUGUAUGCUGACGCUAGUAAGCUGAUCGAGGCCAAUACGGCAGAUGGUGAUCCGGAUAUACCGAUGACAUCCAGCCAGGGUGCGGUCUUCGAUGCUAACUUGCAACAGACAGACGACAACUCUCGUGCAUGUCAUAUGGAUAAUGAUUCCGACGGAGAUGUCUUAGACAUGUAUGACAACGAGGGUGACGAUUUGUCAAUAUCUCCACUCUCCGAGCUGACUUAUUUCGAUGCUGACACCCAACAGUUUGCCGCUUUCACAGCCCUCAACCAAGUCUUAUUACACGUAGGAGAGCACGACAUACUUGCAUGUCUUCCUCGAAACGAUGACGAUUCUUCGGAAUUCGGCCUAGAUACAUACAUCCUAGAGAUUAUAGAACCACUCCGAAACGACUACAUCGCCACGUCCCAGACGCGUUUGACAAACGAGACCACGCUAGACUGCUUCGACUUCAAAUCUGCUCGCUCGCCAUGGAUUGCCAAGUCUCAGCAGGCUCUUACUUGGCCUGAUGCGGUUCAGUCUAUUACACUACAUGAUGGUAAGUCUAAAAAUCGACGUCCACAACUGAGUUUGGAGACUCGGCUUGAGCCCGUUCCGGAGGACUUGGAAGGCGCUUGCAUGUCUCCAAUACUGUUCAGACUCGCCAAGGUCUUGUUCUAUUUGAAGGCAUUGAGGAUUUCUUUAGUGGUGACAUUUGGCAUGGCAUGCCAGCUUUCACACUUUACAUCCCGAGCAUCCCGCUUCCAACAGCGGCUCUACCCCGGGGGGAUCCACCCCUCGAUGAUAGCCUGCUCGGGGGAACUCAAGGUCAAAAACCCUUGGUUGUGUGGAGAGUUUGAGGGGUUAGGAUUCGACAAAUGCGCGUGUCCACAUCUAUUGGGUGCCAUGUUCGAGUGUGUCCCCAGCAAUGAAUUGCAAUGGACGCUAAGCGCUAUUGCCAGAACCUCCCCAUCGGGCUUGUCGAAGCGUCUGGGAGCCGCCGUCGAGCAUCCUGUUGAGAGGAUGGCAGCAUCGGAUACUACUUGGUUAUAUUUAUCUGGUGGAGUUUUGGUAAUGGGCUAAUAUCAUGAUGCAGGUGCUGGCGCCUCAAGGUGGUGCUCGAGUCGCGUUUGGUGGGAAAUAACCUUUGAAGUGACUGUGAACGGACAAUGAUAAUAACAAAUUAGCUGUUAACACGAAUGCGAGUCCACUUUUCAAGCCCAACGUCAGUAGUGAUACCAUGUUCUCCUGUACAAGUCUUUUAGCAGCCAUCAUGCAUGCUAUCAGCUCCACUCGUCGGUGGUUUGUGGGUGUAUUGUGACAUUCGAGCCUCAGGCAGUUG